GUUGAAACGAAAUAGUUGUUUAAUUAGUGGUUUGACUCAUACAACUUCACUCUAAUCAGGAAUCAUGAGGAAUUUAGAACCUCUUGUUUUUGUGGUUCAAUGCCUCAUGAUUUUCACCAUUAUGGAUGGAUUAUGUGCUGAAGAACCAAAGGAUUUGUGUUUGGACUUAGUAUUCGCCAUUGAUAAUCCAGCAACAAUAUCUGAAGUUCAUCGAGAGGCCAUACACAAACUUAUACAGGAUAUCCUCAGCACGGUGGACAUUGGCUCCAAGAAAGCGAAGGUAGGAUUAGUAACAUUUGGCAAUAGAGCAGACCUUGAGUUUGGGAUAAAUAAAUUCAAAACAAGACACAAUUUAUCAUCGGCGAUAAUGAGUAUCAUGACGCAGAAGAUACAGCCUGGUGAGCCUAAACCAGGUCUGGCCCUUUGGGAAGUCGUACAGUUAACAAGACAAAAUUCGGAACUGCUAAGAGACAAAGUGAUUGAUGAACAUUCUGGAAAGCCACGAGGACGAGUGUUAGUUAUAAUCACAUCAUAUGCUGGUAUAUCUUCAUCUACUCACGUGAGGACGAUAAAACAGGUGUAUAAGCUUAAGAAAGAUGGAGUAAUUCCACUUUUCAUUCAACUUGACAAUAAAUCACCUGGAAUUGAUCGAUUCAAAUCAUUCGAGGCCAUAUUCGAAGGUGAUACGUUUUUCACGAGAAACGUCUCAAGUGCUGCCUUAAGCGUAAUAGACGCCAUUGGUGAUUUUAGAUGUGGAUGUCGGGGCACUUCAGAUGUUUGUUUGACUCAAGAAUGUAUACAAGCAGCUGCAUAUAUGAUGAAACAAAUGGACGAAACGGUCGACCCGUGUGAUGACUUUUAUGAAUACGCAUGUGGCAGGUUUAUGAGGGAAGUUGUCAUCCCGGAGGGGGAAUCAUGGUUCGGGCCAGUAAAAGCACUAAGGCAGGAGGUUGAAAUAAAACUACGUGCAAGCUUAAUGGAAGAUGUUGGACCGACUGAUAUUGAAUCCACAAUCAAGUCUAAGGAUUUGUACGCCUCGUGUAUGAAUGAAUCUGGGAUUGAAGAACGAGGAAUGACUCCACUACGUGACUUUAUCAAAAGUCUCGGUGGCUGGCCUAUACUUGGAAAUGUAUCGUGGUCCACCUGGAACGAAAAGGAAUUUGAUUGGCAAUCUUUGCUUGCGCAAUCGGGGAGACUCAACAUAUACUCCCUCAUAACCAGCUAUGUGGAACUCGAUGAAAAAAAUUCGUCUGUUUACAUUCUUGGAUUAAAUGAUGCCUUUCAACUGGGUAUGCCUGGCUCGGAUUCUCGAGAAUAUCUACUAGAAGGACGAAAUAGCACGUUUGUAAAAGGAUAUGAAGAAUGGAUGGUAAGUUUUGUGAUGCUCAUGAAAGAAACUGAUGACAAGACGACAGAGGCCCAAGUGCGACAGGAUGUUGGGGAUGUGAUUGAUUUUGACAUACAAAUUGCAGAGAUAACGAUAUCAAAGGAAGCACGUCGCGAUAGAGAACGAUUUUAUAAUAAAUGGACUGUUGAUUUCCUCCAAAAUAAUAUUACUGGGAUGGACUGGCUUCGAUAUCUCAACGAAUUGUUUGAGGGUGUCAGCAUUACCAUAACAAACGACUUGGAAAUCAAUGUUGCAGUGCCUCAAUAUUUCAGGAACUUAAUAGAGCUGAUAAACAACACACCUAAACAUGUUGUAGCAAAUUACCUACUAUGGAUUGCUGUUACUGAUGGGGGUGGUUUAGAUAUUGCUGUAGGAAGUGAUUUCCGAGAAAUCAGAUACAAAUAUAAUGAGGUUAUAUUUGGCAGCACACUCGAAAAGCCGAGGUGGAAGAUAUGUACUCAAUAUGUUGCAAAUUAUCUCAUGACACUACCGUCAGCCUGGUUGUACCUGAAAAAUAACUUCGACCGUGAAUCUAAGGAAGUUGCUCUGGACAUGGUUAAUCAAUUGAAAUCUUCUUUCACAAAGAUGGUAAAAGAACAGGACUGGAUGACCGAAGCUGUAAAGACGGCUGCUCUAGAAAAGUUGGAGGCCAUGCGAUUAAUAAUAGGGUUUGACGAUUUUAUAUUAGAAGCUGAUAUGAUAAAUAAAGAAUUUGAAAAGUUAAUAAUCACCAGAGAGCUGAUGUUUGAAAAUGUGGUGGCAAGCAUGCGCUUUCUGGCAAAUGAGAAUUUUCGAAAAAUCGGCAAGUUAUUCACUGACGAAAAAAGCGAAGUCAGUAAAGAAAUACCACCCCAUACUGUAAAUGCUGCAUAUUAUCCUACACUAAAUAUGAUGGUAUUUCCAGCCGGAUACUUACAACCUCCCUAUUAUCAUAAAAAUAAUCCGAAAUAUCUCAAUUUUGGUGCGAUCGGAAUGACCAUUGGACAUGAGAUGACACAUGGCUUCGAUGAUCAAGGUAGAUUGUAUGACAAAAACGGAAACUUAUUACAGUGGUGGCCAGAUAAUGUCAUUAAAGAAUUUAAGGAUCGUGCUCAGUGUUUCGUAAAUCAAUAUGGGAAUUUCACAAUACCAGAGAUAAAUAUGAAUGUAAAUGGCAUCAACACCCAAGGCGAGAAUAUUGCUGACAAUGGGGGUUUAAAACAAGCAUUAAUGGCAUAUAGGAGUUGGGCAAAAGAACAGGAUGGAAAAGAAAAGGGACUCCCUGGGUUGGAUCUGAAUAACGAACAGCUUUUCUUUCUCAGUUAUGCUCAGACGUUUUGUGAAAUGGAAAAACCAGAGUCUUUAAUAAACUUGGUUAAAACGUUACCGUACCCACCUGGAAGGCUAAGGGUAUUAGGAAGUCUACACAAUUGUCCCGAUUUUUCCGAAGUGUUCAACUGUAAUAAAGGGGACAAAAUGAAUCCUAUAAACAAAUGCAAAUUAUGGUAGAAUAUUGAACGAUGAAGUGAGUGGGUCUAGAAUGACUGGAUGCAGAUGCUUUAAAAUAUAGUAGUGGAGAUUUAUGAUUAUGAUAUCAAGCCCUUGGAAAUAUAAUUUGAAUCUUUGAAUUUUUA